AUGUCGCCAUCAGUGUCUCGCGAGCAUCUUCAUCGAGUCGUAAAGCCUUUCGAGCGACCUGCCAGCUAUGUCUCUCGGGCUCUGACUGCGGCAGCAUAUCCUCUACGGGGAAUUUACUAUUUCCUGCGACACCCAGCCUACUAUCCAAUCUUCUUCAGCCGACUCCUACCGCUCUCUUUGAUAUCGAUCCUCGUCUAUACGAUCCUAUUCACCUUCACUUUCAUUCCGCAAUAUGCAUUCCUGGCGAUCUUUCAUGGCUGGGGUGCUUGGGUCAAUGCGGUAUUCCUGGUAUUAGGUGAAGGACUAGUGAUAAUUCAAGGACUCUUUGAGGGUUUCUUCGUGGAUGAAUGUCGCGUAGAUAUCUUUGACGCAACACUCAUAGACAAAGGUCUAGUCGAUCUAAUUCGCCCGCAUCGAAUCAUCUUUCCAGAUGCUCCCAAUUCCGUCAAAAUGCUGGGAAAACCGUCGACACCAGCCGCCUACCAGCCAUGGAGUUUGGUUCAAAUCAUCGAACUUAUUGUCUUCUUACCUCUGAAUCUCAUUCCGUAUGUUGGAGUUCCGGCUUUCAUCAUCAUCACGGGCGCCAGGCUAGGAACUUUUGCUCAUUACCGAUGGUUCGAGCUACACGGGUUGACGAAGAAGGAGCGGAAGCAAGAGAUCAGGAAGAGAAUGUGGGAGUACACAUGGUUUGGGACAGUGGCAAUGUUGAUGGAGCUAGUGCCCAUUCUGUCCUUCUUCUUUCUCCUGACUUCGACAACUGGUUCUGCUCUUUGGGCAGCCAAGAUUGAGCAUGAAGCACGUCAACCCCCAGCAACUGAGCCCAUAGGUGCUAACGCCGGUGAUCGUGUGGACGAGGAUCAUCCUGACUCUCCGCCCCCGCCAUAUAGUGACAAUCCUGUUUAG